UGAUGUGUUAUUAUUCCCUCUCUGCAUCAAGGAUCAGGAAGUUUGUGCUCUCUUCGUGGCUGGGAAGUUUUUUACUAAGGACAGGGGUGGGGUGGGAUAAACAGGUGUCUUCCUAAAGUAAGAGUGCAAACUGCAGGCUGCGUGCAGCUGUGACCCAGGAGGAAAAUCAGAAACAGGUGAGAAUGACCACAUUAACUCACCGGACCCGUCGGGCUGAAGUGAACAAGAACUCUGAAAGGAUAGUGGAAAGUGAAGAAGACAGUAAUCAGGAGAGGAGUCCAGACAAUGAAGACUCUGGAGACUCCAAGGAUAUCCGACUCACUCUUAUGGAAGAAGUAUUGCUCCUGGGACUAAAAGAUAAAGAGGGAUACACAUCUUUCUGGAAUGACUGUAUAUCAUCUGGCCUACGAGGAGGCAUCUUAAUAGAGCUGGCCAUGAGGGGUCGAAUCCAUCUGGAACCCCCCACCAUGCGUAAGAAGAGAUUACUGGACAGAAAGGUACUGCUAAAGUCAGACAGCCCAACAGGUGAUGUCUUACUGGAUGAAACUCUCAAGCACAUCAAAGCAACUGAACCAACAGAAACUGUCCAAACCUGGAUAGAGCUGCUCACUGGUGAGACAUGGAACCCCUUCAAAUUACAGUACCAGCUGAGAAAUGUACGAGAACGAAUUGCAAAGAAUCUAGUGGAGAAAGGUAUUCUAACGACCGAGAAGCAGAAUUUCCUGCUAUUUGAUAUGACCACUCAUCCAGUGACAAAUACGACAGAAAAACAACGACUUGUGAAAAAACUUCAAGAUAGUGUGCUAGAACGGUGGGUAAAUGAUCCUCAGCGCAUGGACAAGCGAACUCUAGCCCUCCUGGUCCUAGCCCACUCGUCCGAUGUGCUAGAGAAUGUCUUCUCCUCUCUGACAGAUGACAAGUAUGAUGUGGCAAUGAAUCGAACCAAGGACCUAGUAGAAUUGGACCCGGAAGUGGAGGGCGCAAAACACAAUGCCAUAGAGAUGAUCUGGGCUGUCCUAGCAGCCUUCAAUAAAUCCUAAAGCUAGCAGGUGGGUUUCCCCUUUUGUCCUGCUGCCUAAUGACUGGUGGCUGUCAGAGACCCCAUCAUUGAGUUUUGUGCGAUAAGACAUUUUCAUCUGUUUUUCUUUUCCUUUUUCUUUUUCUUUUUGUUGUUGUUAUUUGUUUGUUUUUCUCAAGGUAGGGUCUCACUCUAGCCCAGGCUGACCUGGAAUUCACUGUGUAGUCUCAGGGUAGCC